CUCCACUUGUCCAUCCAUCAACCUCUGCUCUUUACAAUUAUUCAUCCACCAUGGCUUGCAUCCCCAUCAUCUUCGGAUUCCCCACCAAGAUCAAACAGGACAAUGAAGUUGGGCCUGCUCGCAUCUGCCCUCACUGUCACAAUGCGGGCGUAGUGGGCGCCGAGUCGCGCACCUGGUUUGAGCUGUUCUGGAUUCCCCUCAUCCCAUUCUCGAAGAAGCACAUCUGGAAGUGUGGCGUGUGCCAAUGGCAAAUGAAGAAGGGCGACGGCUACGACCCCCAGCCGCCUGGGCCCGGCCAGAUGGGCGGCCCGCAGUUCGGCGGACACAUGUCGGGCGGGUAUGGGCAGUACCCUCCGCCUCCGCCCGGCAUGAUGGGCGGCCCGCCGAAGCACUGAUUAUAGUUACGGGAAGGAUGAGAAGGGUGUGCGCUGCGUCGUCAGGCUAGUCACCUCUCCGUACAUCCGUCCUCGACCUCACCUCCCCCGCCCUUGCCCACCCAGGCAAGAUUGCAGUGCUAGGACCAAGCCAAUGCGUGGUAUUUUAAUGAUGGAGAUCGCCGAUCGGAGGCGUCGAGUAUAUGCAUGUGGCGUGUUGCUCCAGA